AUGAGGGCUAUAUGCAUAUUAUAUCCCAAACUGGACAGGCUGGGGCUGAACACCUCGCUGUGCAACUGGCUGUUGGACUUCCUGACCGGGCGACCACAGGCAGUACGGGUCGGCAGCAACACAUCCAGGACCAUCAUUCUGAACACAGGGGCCCCUCAAGGAUGUGUGCUGAGCCCCCUCCUCUUCACCCUGCUGACCCACGACUGCACCCCACUGCACAGCUCAAACCUCUUCAUCAAGUUUGCGGACGACACAACUGUUGUGGGUCUCAUCAGUAACGGGGAUGAGACAAACUACCGGAGUGAGGUGAACCGCUUGGCCUUGUGGAGAGUACACCCCCAACAUGCUCCUCUGACCAUCAACGGUGCUGCUGUGGAGAGGACCUUCUACAGAGGUACUUUGGAGAGCAUCCUGUCCAGCUCUAUCACUGUGUGGUACGGCUCCUGCACCGCGUCCUGCCGCAAGACCCUCCAGCGCAUUGUGAGAACAGCUGAGAAGAUCAUCGGUGCCCCUCUCCCCUCCCUCUACGACAUCUACUGCACCCGCCUCACCCGCAAAGCUCUCGGCAUCGCUGGUGACCCCACCCACCCUGUGUUUGGCCACAUCAGCUACAGGUCAGACUGGGAACUUGUCAAAGUGGACUUCAGGCAAUCUUUCCCCCGUCAGUGCACAGAGUCUGACUAUGAGUCCUGGCAGCUCACAGACCUGCAGGGAGAGAAGUGCAUUAUGGGCCAGGAGCGGACUUUCAGGAAGAGGAAAGACACAGCAUUCUGUAUAAAAGGGAAAAGUUACACUUCAGCUCUCACCAGCAAGCCCUGCACGUGCACAGAGAAAGAUUUCAACUGUGACUAUGGCUUUGAGAGGUCCCAUGUGGAGAGCGAUCGCUGCUUUGCAGAUUUCUGGUAUGAUCCAGAUUCGCCACCUGAGGAUUGCCAUCUUGGACAGAACUAUAAGUCCAGUACUGGAUACAGGAAGGUGAUAUCUAACACAUGUGAAGGGGGGCUGAACAAGCAGCAGAGCUCCAAGCAGCACAGUUGCCCUCUGCUGCCCCCUAAAGGGCUACAGGUUGGCAUAAAAGGCCAAAUGCUGGCUGUGGCUCCUGGUGAUGACAUCACAUUCAUCGUCCAUCAGGAGCAGGGCGACACUAGUACCACCAAGUACCAGGUUGACCUGGGUGAUGGGGUUCGAGCCAUUUACCAGAACCUGACGGUGACGGAUGAGCCCAUCCAGCACCGCUAUGAAAAGCCAGGCGUGUACAAGGUGACGGUGAAGGCAGAGAACAUGGCAGGGCACGACAAGGCCACCAUGUACAUCCAGGUGACAGCCCCCCUUCAGGAAGUGCAUCUGGAAGUGAUCCCCAUUGCUGGAAGAAACCAUGAAGUCAACAUGACGGCUGUCGUUCUUCCCACUGAAGCCAACAUGACUGUCUUUUAUUGGUGGAUAGGAGACAGCUUGCAGUACAUGUUGGAGACCUGA